AUGUGCACUAGAUUCACCGAUUUAACUGUUGAUUUGCUUUACGAAGUCUUUAACUAUCUGUCUGCAGUUGAUAUACUGUCGGCGUUCUACGGUCACAUUUCACCAUCAUUCGAUACAGCUGUAUUGAAAAUAAGAAAAUUUACAUUUGAUUUGACUCAAAUAAAAACAUCAUCCGACAUACAACUUUAUUGUGAAUACAUUUCGUCAUCACUUCAACACCGAAUCGUUUCGUUGCAAUUAUCUGGUGAAAAUGAUCAACUUAAUUUGUUUACAAGGUAUUUCCAAAGCAGUCAAAAUUGUGCAAUUCGGACAGUGUCCCUGACCAAUGUAUCUCAACCAAAUGAUGUACAUGUGAUUAUUCCUAAUAAUUUAUCCAAGUUAUCAGAAUUAACGACAUUGUCAAUUCAAUUUAAACGGACGAAAUAUGAUGAAAAUAGUGAAGUUUUAGCUCUCAUCGUUACUCGACUGCCGCACUUAAAAUCGUUAAUAUUGCACAACCUGACUGUUAAUUAUACCAUUGAUUUACCAGAGAAUAACAACAAUCAUAUUGAGUCGUUAAUCAUUGAUUAUUUAGAUCUAACCGAUGAAUCAUUUGGAUAUUUAGCCAGAAACUUUCCGUAUUUAAAAUAUCUCUCUUGCAUUCCAGACCAUAAAUAUCUAAAUCAACGACUGAUCUCCGCCAGAUUAUUAAACCUAGAAUCACUCGUAUUCGAAGAUGGAUAUUGCCCUCAUUUCGAUGAUCUCGAGCAUAUUGGAUACUAUUGUCCCAAGUUGUCGAAAUUUAUUCUCACUUCACGAUAUGAUAAUUUUUUGGAUGAUCAAAGAUGGGAAGACAUUUUUACUCGAUUUAUGCCGAAAAUCGAAUCAUUUCACCUUAUAAUAAAAAGUAUUUUCAAGUUACCUUUGGAUUUAUCUUUAAAUAAAUUUUCGUCCGAAUAUUGGGUAAAUAAAAAGUGUCAAAUUAGAGAUACGAGUGAACGACAAAUCGAUGUCAAAUUCUAG